AUAAUUCUGAGUUUAAACUUUGUUCAAAUCCUUUCUGUUAUAAAGAAGUCGAAUCGCUGGCAAGAAUCGACUAGACAUUCGAGUAAUCGUUCCUUUUAAAAAAACUAUUUGUAAUUGUCUUUGCAAUAAUCCUACAAAAUUAUGUAGACCAUUCAUGUUGUCAAGGUUAUAUAGCGUUCUUAUUCUAGAACAUAGGUUAUUACUUAUACACUAGCGCAUUUUACAUAUUGUGAACAGGUCUAUACUUCAAUGUAAAUUAGUCGACUUAUUUCGAAAGAUGCUUUUGUCGAUGUCGAGUUUGACGUAAAACAACUUCAAUUUGCUCCUAAUUCGUUGUUUCGUCGUAGUGAUUUUUAAUGUAAUUUCUUUAUAUGAGUGACAUAAGUGGCACUUGUAACUUGUUGCAAGGGUUGUUAUCUUACGUUCGCUUGUCCAGAGUUUGCUUCUGAGACGGUGUUCGCAGUCAAUCUGUAUGCAACUUCUACGCGUCGCCUCGACUAUGUCUUACCAAGGAUCACCAUAUUCGGGCCCGGGCGAUGAGUACGACUUCGAAGACGACGGGUACGACGAUCUGGACGAAUACAGGGAGCAGGAGGAUGCAAUACCACCGCCACCAGUCGACGAUAGUGACGAAGAUACUGAGGAAGCUAGUGAGACAGAAAUACCCAACAAUGACGAACCCCUGGAGCAUAAAGAACAAUUGUAUCAAGACAAGUUAGCGAGCCUGAAGAAGCAGUUGCAACAGCUUGAAGAUGGAGUUCACCCGGAGUACACGCGCCGCGUCAAGAGACUUGAACACCAGCUGCAUGAGAGACUCAGGCUCAACAAGAUAUACAAAGACCACGUAUACGACGUGGUCGAAAGAGAGUACAUAGCAGAGAAGAAGGCAGCUGCGAAAGAGUUUGAAGAGAAAAAGAUAGAGCUACGAGAAAACUUGCUGAAUGACUUCGAGGAUAAACGGAAAAUGAUUGAGAACGAGAGGCACAGUAUGGAGUUGAAUGGGGACUCUACAGAGGUGAAACCAGUAAUGAAACGCAUCCUCCGACGGCGGGCCAACGAGCCGGCCCCAGCGCCAGAAAAACGGCGCAAACCCACAACAACGCUAACAUUUCAACUGGAGUCGCGCGACAUCGACGCCGACCUGCGCGCCAUCGCGCGCCACUCGCCGCCGCCCGCGCCGCCGCGGCACAGCCAGCCGAGGAAGCACGUCAACUCCAGCUGUGAAUCUCCAGUUCGAGAGAAUAACGACUCGCACGACACUCGCGUGGAAGACGGCAAGCUGUUGUUCGAGCGGCGGUGGUUCCACCGCGGGCAGAGCGUGUACGUGGAGGGGCGGGAUAUGCCGCGCUUCCCCGGACACAUACACGCCAUCACCGACGAGGCGAUAUGGGUGAAGAAGACGACGAAUCUAGAGCGUAUUAGGAUAUACGUGUCUCAACUCGCGCGGGGGAAAGUGACGAUAAAACGGCGCGCGUCAUAAGUGUGACAGUGACGGACGCUAGUGCGCUAGUGUGGUUCGGUCCGAACUCGCCGGUCCAUUAACAAGUACUUUAUUGAAAUAAUUCCUCCCGUAGUCUUUAGGAGCCUCCCAAGGUGACACACUGGAGACGUUUAUUAUCAAAUAACUUGAUUCCUUGCCCACUGUGAGACCUUUUCACAUUAAAUUUGCUACGUCACUGGCUUUACAUAGAUUACAAAGUAAAAUUAUUUUGAUACUAAAAACGUUCUAUGGUGGGUCGCAAAUCUGCUUGUUCGAUUGUAUGUGCGCGUUGUAAUUUAAGAGAAGUCAUGAAAGACAUCACACUGCAUUGCACGCAGACGCCACGCAAGAUGUUUGUCGUCUGUUGUACUGUUUCAUACAUUACAACGCGCACGUGAAUUUUUAAUUAUUAAGAUCCUAUUGUGCUGUUUAUUUGGACAAAAUCGGGAGGAAUUAAGCUAAGGCUGUAACACUUGUUGAUUGAGAUUAAAGGUCGGGUAGAGGCUAAUAGUUUCCUCUCGCUCGCACGCUCCAAGUAUGAGCAGGAGGUGAUUAUAACAGUCGAUUUUAAGACCACUUGCCACGUUAAGUUUAUUGAUGAUCUGGUAGGUUAAGGGCAAAGAGUUGUUGAUUGUAGAAGAGAUUUAAAGUGAAAAAAAACGUCCUUUGAAUUUGAAAUAGAUGUCGCUGCACAUGGGGCAUGAUUCUUAAUAUCGGUAUUGAAAUCCGAUAUUGGUCCUCAAUACCGAAAAUCUGUAAUUAAUACUGGUAUUCAUAUUGACCGUUUUUUUUCUGUUUAUAUCAUAUAUUUGUUGUUGCAAUUUGCAUUAUAUAAAAUACACAAAAUGAUUAUUGCAAUUUUAGUAGUAAAUUAAUUUCUUUUUGCAAAACGUAACUAAAAACAAUUCAAUGCCGGAAUUCAAAUUUUUCGACAUUGGUCCCAAUCAAUUCCGGUAUUGCGGUAUCGUUAGAAUCGGUCCGAUAUUCCAGUAUUUCUGGAUUUUGGAAUUCCAGUAUUCAUGCCCUAGCUGGCCCUUUCAUACAAACGUAGUCCUUUUUCCUCUCUAGAGAUUAACAUAAUUAAUAAUAUUUGACACAGUUGUUGUAUGUCAACCACAGCUAUUUGUUUUUUCGAAUCUUUAAUCAUUAUAACAUUUAAAUUGUAUGAAACCUGUUUUUCGCUCCUAAUUUUUACACAAAUAAAAAAAUCGAUUAAAGUCAAACAUAGCAGGCGUCCAUAGGCUACGGUAACUGCUUACCAUCAGGCGGGCCGUAUGUUUGUUUGCCACAGGAAAAUGAGGACUACAUUUAUAUGCAGAAGCGGCCGUAAUGUACCCUCUCAAGUUUCAUUGAAAAGAUGA